GGAACUAAACUCAGACGUAUCGAUAUGGAUCCCAGGUGGGAUUUGUUGCUGCGCCGACUGACUCUCCAUGACUACUACCGAUUUAAGCCUGAAGCCCCUAUAAUGACGUGGGACCAUUGACAUUAAGGACCUUGUCAAUUUGAUUUGAUUGAUUUCUCUCAAUAGGUCGUCGGACUUUUCUAAGAUCGUGUAGAAUUUGGUAUAUUUGAUUUUUUAAUCCGGAAGCUAAGGAAAAUAUUUUAAAAAUAUGUCAGUUGAUGAUCGAAAAUAAUACAUUUAAGAAAAAUACAACAAUCAUGAGAGCUGUGUGUGUAAGCUGAACACGUGAACUAGGAUUUUAUAAAUAUAUCCACUGAGAGAGUGAGUAGACACGUAUACUCCAGCUCUCUACAUCUCAUCGGGUCCCGUGCACCAAAAAUAAUCAGAACGAAUACGAAUGGCUGUAGCUAAUGUGUUACUGGUAUUCAAAAAGCAAUGGCAAUGCUACAUUGUCGAUCAAAAAUAAUAAUCAUUCUAUUCAACUAAUCAGUUUAUUUAUCAAUUAAUAGACAAGUUUUUGAUGAUUAAUAAAUUUAAAAAAUUUAAUUAUUAUGUAUCUGGUGAGAUAUUUUGUUUUACUAAUUAUAGCCGGUGUCUGUCUCGCACGCAAUGCACAAAUAGUCGAUCGCUGGGCGGAAAAUCUUGGUUCUGAAUUAUGGGAACUAGCAAAUGCGGUUGCACGUCCUGACGAACUUAAACUCAAAUACAAACUGAUGAAUGCACGUGUUGAGGAUAAAUCCGGAGAGGAACUUAUUGACAUAAUAAGUGAGAGCGUAGGACGUAUGUUAAGACGUAAAAUGGAUGCAGUAAGAUGUAUUCUCAAGGUAGCUGAAGAUGCUGCAGAAGAGUGGAAUUCAACAGCUGCUAGUCAUAAUAUUACAUAUGUGUCUGGUAAAUAUAGUCCUGUUAUGGAUCAAGACCCUCCGGUGAUUCCUUCAAAUAUGAGAAAAAAUGCCAGUGUCUACAGAGAAAUAGAAUUGAAUCCAGACUCUCACUUCUAUAAUAUCCCAGUGAACACAAAUUAUUCAUCAGUUCAUAUCCCAACGAAUGUUUACGACUUGUUGCCAUCAGUAAAAGACGCGAUAAAAUGGUCAGAAGCUCUGAAUGACGUGUUCCGUCAAAACUAUAGGUCAGAUCCCGCUCUAUCUUGGCAAUAUUUUGGGUCAAUGACGGGAAUACUUCGUCAGUAUCCAGCAAUGCAGUGGAGAACUACUCAAAAUUAUGACACCAACGCUCCAGAUCUUUACGACUGUCGAAUUCGGAGCUGGUAUAUUGAAGCAGCAACUUGUAGCAAAGACAUGAUUAUACUAGUUGACUCCAGUGGCAGUAUGACUGGCAUGGGUUAUACUAUUGCCAAAGCUGUUGUCAAUUCUAUUCUGGAUACACUUUCUAAUAAUGACUUCGUCACGAUUCUACACUACACAAAUGAUACUGAUUAUGUAGUACCUUGUUUUGAAGACAAACUUAUUCAAGCAACCCCAGAAAAUUUGAAUACAUUUAGAGAAUAUAUGAAAGAAUUAGACCCACUGGAGAAUGCUAAUUUAACAAAGGCAUUUACUCAGGCAUUUGAAAUUUUAAAAACUUAUCGCGAAACGAGAGGAUGCGGUCCAGAGACACCUUGUAAUCAGCUUAUAAUGCUCGUUACUGAUGGUGUUGCUUCAAACAUAUCCGAGGUUUUUGACGCUUGGAAUAGAUACGAUAAUGGCACUCGCAUACCAGUCCGUGUUUUUACAUAUUUACUAGGUAAAGAAGUCACAAAAGUACGGGAAAUCCAACUUAUGGCAUGUGAAAACCGCGGGUAUUACACACACGUUCAUACUCAAGAGGAAGCACAAGAACAAGUAGUAAAAUACAUCCCAGUUGUUGCACGGCCUUUAGUACUUCAAGGCUACCAUCAUCCAGUUGUGUGGACUCAUGCUUACACCGACGUUUCGAAUCCAGCACUUGCCUCGUGGCUGUGGCUGGUGAUGGACCACCCGGAGCAAAAGUCACGACUGGAGAAGUACCUCGAAGGCAAACGUCUGGGCGUGAGAGUAAAUGAAGAUGCCAUCUACAUCAAGCAGCGCGCGAAAGGUGAAGAUCCACGUCUGGAUGCCGGAGUUUUCAAUAAUACUCUAUGGCAAGAGUAUCGCCUUCUUACGUCAGUAAGUAUUCCGGUGUUUGACCGCAAAGGAAAUCGGAAUAAUGCAUCAAAACAAGCAAAUCUACUGGGUGUUGUCGGUACUGAUGUUCCAAUAGAGUCAAUACAAAAGUUAACUUUACCAUUCAAACUUGGCGUCAACGGCUACGCGUUUAUUGUCUCAAAUAAUGGAUACGUAAUACUACAUCCUGAUUUACGUCCAGUUAGCGAAGGAAGACUCAAGCUCAAUUACAAUAGUGUUGAUCUGUCGGAAGUUGAGAUACUAGAUGACGGACGGAAGCCUAGGGAUCCAGGACCGGAAGUACUUAAAUUACGACAAGCUCUAGUGGACCAUCAGUAUGGUAGCAUGAAAGAUGUCCCCGUCAAGUUUCAUUAUGAUGACAAUAGAAGAGUUAUGUUGGAAAAACGGGAUUAUUAUUACGCACCACUACCUGGUACACCAUUUGGAAUUGCUGUUGCGAUUCCUAAUUACGGAAAGACUUGGAUAAAGGUGACCAGUGAGAUUGAAAAAAAUCGCCAAGCAGGUAUCAAUAUCUCUGAUUUCUUCGCAAGCGAUCGUUGGCGAGUACACCCAGGAUGGGUUUACUGCCGAUACCACUAUUUAGAAGGCCACGAGUUCCCGAAUUCCGAAGCAGAAUUGCGAUACUUUCUCUGGCGGCUCGAGCAGCCCGGUUGGAAGUGGUCCGAUCAGUACACGGCUUAUGACAUCAGUAUGGAAGAAGAAGAAGAGCCAGACUGCGGUAGGCAAGUCUUGGAAGACGAUGAUUAUUAUUGCAAUGAAGAACUCGUACAGCUGUUGGUAUUCGACGCAAAAGCUACUAACCAGAGUUACGGUGGAGACUUUAAUUACAAGGACGAGUAUUCUAAAAAUCUUGCGGAACUUUAUAAAGUGUAUCUGAGGUAUGUCGCGACCCAGAGUGGGUUGACUAGGUGGCAGUACAUCGAGUCGGAUUAUUUGGAAGAAACAAAAGGUCCGUUGGAGUUUGGUGAUCUUCACAGACGUGCUGUCAAUGAGCCCUGGUACAAGGGAGCUAUUUUUCAACAUCAAAUUAAUCCAAAUAGUAUUUUACUGACAGUGCCUUGGAAUGCGGGGCCAGAUGCUACAGUAACAGCUUCAAUGGCAAUAUUUCCUCGUGACGGUGGCAAAAAUGCAUCAGCAGCUGUAGUUGGCUUUCAAAUGCCCAUGACAGCAUUCUAUCAAAGAUUUAUAAAUAUAACUUCGGUGACAAGCAAUCCCGAUAUGGAUUGCUCACACGUUUGGAUAGACUGCUAUUUGAUCGAUCAAAACGGUUUCGUUGUUGUAUCAGAGGCGCACAAUGACACUGGUCAGUUUUUGGGCGCCGUCGAGGGUGCUGUUAUGAAAUCAAUGGUUGUUCAGGGCUUUUUUGAGGCCGUUGAUAUUUAUGACUAUCAAGGUUUAUGCAAAGAAAUUGGGCUCGAAGGUGCAGCAAGUUUUUUGACCAAUCCCCUGAGCAAUAUCUUCAAUCUCAUUACCUGGUUGUUUGUACGUACACUCUGGAUAAUGUCGCAAUUUGUAAAUAUACCGGAGACAUUUGCGAGGGUACAUUCAGAUGAAGAUUUACCAGAGAAACCUAAACCGCCGCAUGAAGUAGAAAUAACAUAUGCAUGUGAUUUAAAGAGAACUUUGUAUAUUAUGAAUCAAACGAUGGCUGUGAAUCAAAUAACUAAUUCACCAGUUCAAUGUUCACGCCCGUUUUUCGCUCAAUUAGUACCUAAUACAAAUCUUCUUCUCGUAGUCGUCGACACGCUGUUUCCCACGUGUUAUGAGCGCUUAGAAGUAUUACCCGUUCAAAUAGACCCCAGUGAAUACACAAAUGACACUGAGCCAGCGCCAUGUCACAAGAAAAAAUUAAACGAUUUACCACGUAGACGUCUUGAGAAAUGUUUUACCGAGCAUCCCGAGGAAGAUGAAAUAGACCAAUGUGGACGAGGAACAAGACUGCAUAAUUCAAUUCAUAUUAAUAUAUUAUUACUAUUUAUUUUAGUCGCUCUUAAAAUUAUUUUGUAAGCCCUCCUCAAGAGUGGUAAAAAUAAUUCAAAAAAGUUUAAACGUCAUUCUUUUAAGUUUUUUUUGUAACGUUAAAUUCCCUCUGUCAAUUAUGUUAAUAUUAAUGAUUAAGCUUAAGCUCUUCGAGCUGAUGAUUACCCAG